GAGAAUAAGGAAGCAAUGCUUGAGUUAAAAAAAUCUCACCCUGGUGCCAAAAUUGAUUAUAUACCUGUGGAUUUGACGAAAAAAGAGAGCAUCACAGCAGCCUUUAAAUCAGCUGUGGAGAAAAUGGRUCACUUUGACGUUCUGGUCAACGGUUGYGGUAUAUGUAUGGAUAGUGAAGUUGACCUAACAAUCCAAAUUAACUUGUUGGGGUUAAUCCAUAGCACCUUCACUGCGCUGCCUUACAUGGAUAAAUCCCAUGGUGGUCGUGGUGGUACUAUUUUGAAUAUCUCAUCCACCUSUGGCUUGGAUGCAACUCCUUUAUUAGCAAUUUAUUCGGCAUCCAAACAUGGUGUUACAGCUUUUACGCGCUGCAUGGGGGACCAAAUUUAUUUCGAUCACUUCGGAGUUAGAUUCCUAGCUAUAUGUCCUGGAUUUACCAAAACCAACAUUACAAAUAAUAUUCAUUCAAGUACUACCUUUAAGUUUUGCCAAGAAAAAGCUCAACGGUAUCAUAAUGCCAAACAACAGUCUGCUGAGGAGUGUGGAAAGAAUAUGAUUAAAGUAAUUGAAACUGGUAAAAACGGUGGUGUCUWUUUGCUAGAUUUAGGCAACAUUGAGGAAAUUCCAUAUCAAAGGAAGUGGGUAGUUACUUAUGAGACACAAUAAGAGGUUGCAAACAAAAAAUGAUAAAAUAAAUAUAAUUUCAAUUGAUGUAAUUUUGAA